AUGAAAGUAGUACUCAGAAUUCAUAAAGCAUGGAGUGUAAUUGACCCUGGAACAGAAGAGAAUGAAGAAAAAAAUUACCUGGCAAUCGGAUUAUUCUACCAAGCAAUACCAGAAUCCUUGAUUAUGCAAUUGGGAGAUGUCGAAUCGGCAAAAGACCUUUGGAACUCGAUCAAAGCGAGGCACGUUGGCACCGAUCGGGUGAAAGAAGCCCGAUUUCAAACCCUAAAUUCUGAGUUCGACAGAUUGAUGAUGUCAGAGAAAGAAUCAAUCGAUUCCUUCAUCGGGAAAUUGUCAGGAAUCGCCUCCCAAUUGGCAUCACUAGGAGAAACCAUCGUAGAAUCGAAGAUGGUGAAGAAAUUGUUGAAAUUCGUACCCAGAAAGUUCCUUCAUAUCGUGGCGUCACUUGAGCAGAUUCUUGAUUUGAAGACCGUCGGAUACGAGGAUAUUGUUGGUCGCCUGAAAGCUUACGAGGAGAGGGUGAAGGAAGCGGAUGACGGUGGAGAAGAAUCGAAAGUCCUGUUCGCCGAUGGUGGAGGUAUCUCGUCGGGAACGAAGGAAAAUGGAAAGUGGAAAGGAACGAGUGAAGUGAAUGGGUUUAAUGGGACUGGCGCCUAG